CUGUAAGACUAGGAUAGAGAACCUCUGGUCUAUCUGGGAUGGCUUGUGAGUCUCUGUGUAGUCUGUGUCUGAAGAAGACAGCGUACCCCUUUCCAGAAAUCAAAAUCAGAACUGGAAGGGAUUCCAACGACUUAAACUGAAGUUUAAAGGGAUUGUGAGUUACACAACGUUGCAGGGUUCGAACUGUAAUUCAAAUUCAAGUCUGCCCAUCCCACCAUUGAGUUCACCUCUACACCACAAUUAGAUGGGGCCUUCUUUUUCUUCUUCUUGGAAUCGUCUAUCUUUGGUCGAAGAUAUGCAUCUCCUACUUAGGAGCUCUUGGGAUCGACUCGGGGUAAUAAGAACAGGGGGCUGAGGUCAUUUUCUAAGGAGCUCUGUAUAAGGCUGGUGCAACAGCACUGGUUAAAACUUAGCCUAGUCUUACAUUUAACUGCCUUCUGGUCUGGAUACCAUGAGUUCUCUUCCUUUUCCUGUGGGAUCUUGGAAGUGAUUACACUUCUCUUUCCUUCUUCCUUCCUCCCUUCUCCCCGCUCCAGUCCUUCCCUGCCUUUCUCACACACACUCCUCUUCUUCGCAUGUCCACUCCUUGCCCCAAACUUCAGAUUUUUCAUCUGUAAAUUGCGAAAAGGUAGUUUGUCUCUAAGGUCCCCCUUUCAGUUUUAAAUCGUAUAACUUCUUGAAGCAGCCAUUAGCUAGGAACCCACAACCAAGGCGGGGGUGACUAGACGCUUCACCUGGCGGGAUCAUGGGACCUUAAUCCGAAACUCCAUUGGCUUGGGUACGUCUGGACUGUGCCUGCCGGUCUCGGGGGCGGGUAGUAGAGGAGGUGGCGCAAGGACCAGCCCCAGCUCCCGGGCGAGUUCCAAAGGAGGCGGGGCGAGGAGCGCUGGACGUUCGAAGGGGGCGGAGUCCUGCUGUCUGUGUUUGUUGCGCCGUGUCAGUUACUUUGUAACAAAAGUGCUGCCGCCGCCACAGCCGUGGAUCCGCACCCCAGGCCCUAGGUUCGACUCCCCGCCUGCAGGCAGCUGUGGUAGCGAUGGAGCAGGGUGCCAGUAGCAUCCAGGUUUUACUGCAAGCAGCUGAGUACUUGGAUCGGAGGGAACGCGAGGCAGAGCACGGCUAUGCUUCCUUGUGUCCUUCUCACAACUUGGGCCCAGUAAAUCGCGGAAGGAGGAGACCCAAGGCCCCUAGGGACAGUUUAAGAUCCGUGCACAGCGAACUGGAGAAACACAGGAGGGCCCAAUUGAGGCGAUGUUUGGAGCAGUUGAAACAACAGAUGCCCCUAAGCACAGACUGUGCCCGAUACACCACCCUGAGCCUGCUUCGCCGGGCUCGGCUUCAUAUUCAGAAGUUGGAAGAACAGGAGCAGCGGGCACGAAGGCUCAAGGAUAGGCUCCGAAGCGAACAGCGAAGCUUGCGCCAGCGGCUAGAACAGCUCCGGGGAUCGGCUGGGGAGCGGGAGCGUCUUCGAGUAGAUAGCCUGGACUCCUCUGGUCUCUCUUCAGAGCGCUCCGAUACUGACCAAGAGGAGCUGGAGGUGGAUGUGGAAAGCUUAGUGUUUGGGGGUGGUGCUGAGCUGCUUCGAGGCUUCAGCACAGGCCAGGAGCACAGCUACUCUCAUAGUGGUACUGCUUGGCUAUGACCCCUGCUGCCCAGCCUGCCAGAGAAGCUGUCACAGACCUGGCCAUGGUUGACUAAAAUGGGCUCCACCUUGCAUCCUCAUACUGGGCAUUUCUGCAAAGAAGAAAAUCGUUGGACUGCAGAGACUGCUGCUGGCUCCCGGAGCCAUUUUUUAACUAGCCUCAGUUCUACCCCUUCUCUUAUGUGGGCACAGACUGAAGCUUACUCUGUUUUGUGGAGGGAAACAGGAGUGAGCCAGAGCCCUAAUAUGGAAUUAAGCAGGCAAUGCCACUUUCCCUUUCAGGGGUUAUGGGAGGCAAAGGAGUUGACAUGGAGACAGUCUAUUGAACCCUGCCUAGACCCGUUUUCUUUUUGUACAUAUAUAUUUUUUUACAGCAUUGAUUUUUGUUCCUUUCAGGGCUGGGAUGCAAAUAUUGUGCUAAGCUGGUUUGGUGCCUGGCACCCAAGGGACCAGUAGCAUAAAAGUGGGAAAGAGCUGUAUUCACUCUGGCUCUGGCUCCACAGACACCAUACAGUAUUUUCAGUAAAAAAAACUUUUUCUUAA